GAUCCUCGCUUCCUCCUUCGUUCGGGGCGUUCCUCUCUUCUUCGUCUCUCUCUCAUGAAAAAUCACUCCCCUCUCUCUACAAGACGAAGUGCAGAGGAAAUCAAAGACUCUUCUCAUUCGCUGCGCGUGCUUCGCAGCCGCUGUCGUUCGUUUUCCUUCUCUAUUUUCUCCAGUAAUUCGAAUCUCUUUCUCCAUGUCUGAAGUCUUCGAACUUGGGGAUCUCCCUUCGCUCUGUUCCUGCGAUUGCACGAAGCUGUCAGGCUCCCGCCUCGCCGCCUGAGGCGAUUCGUUUUAGUCCCCCGAGAAGCUCCGUUUCAGGGCGUGCAUUAUGGAUUUUGGUGAAGAUUUUGAUACGGAGUUUAGAAGAGAGUGUUUUCCUGCGAACUGUCUGCAUUUGUGGUUGAAUUUCUGAUGUUUCAGAACGUCAAAGAACUAUGGCUCUUCGAAAGUACGUUCCUCCUUGUAACGCUUCUUCUGCUGGUAUGAAACCUUUGAGUUUCUCCGGUAGAGUGAACCCGAAUGCUCAGGUUACAGAUCCAGACCAACAGAAGAAAAUGGAAAGAAACUUGGACAUUGACCUCAAGGAGGUUUACUUUUUGAUCAUGCAUUUCCUAUCAGCUGGACCAUGCCACAGAACUUAUGGACAGCUUUGGAAUGAGCUACUUGAACACCAACUCUUACCUAGAAGAUAUCAUUCAUGGUAUUCAAGGACUGGGAGGCACAGUGGUGAUGAGGAUGAUGAUGGCAUGUCAUUCCCGUUAGGCUACAAUAAGUUGGUAGAAAGGUAUCCUCACAUUGCAAAGGAUCACUUGGUGAAGCUUUUAAAGCAAUUAUUAGUAAGUACAGCUUCUCUAUCAGAAGGUGUGGACAGUGGACGGGCUCCAACUGCAGCCGAUGUGCCUACUCUGUUAGGAAGGGGUUCAUUUUCCUUAUUGAAGGAGAGUGAUGAUGACAUCAAGCAUCCGCCUCCUUACAUGCGAUGGCCUCAUAAACAGGCUGAUCAGGUUCGUGGAUUAAGUUUGAGGGAAAUUGGGGGUGGUUUCAGUCGGCACCAUCGUUCACCAUCCAUUCGCGCUGCAUGUUAUGCAAUUGCUAAACCAUCAACAAUGGUUCAGAAGAUGCAGAACAUUAAGAAGAUUCGGGGACACCGAAAUGCUGUAUAUUGUGCAAUAUUUGAUCGCACUGGGAGAUAUGUUAUAACUGGCUCAGAUGAUCGACUUGUAAAAAUCUGGUCAAUGGAAACUGCAUAUUGCCUGGCAAGUUGUCGUGGGCAUGAAGGCGACAUAACUGACUUAGCUGUGAGUUCCAACAAUGCCUUGGUGGCAUCUUCUUCAAAUGACUGCAUCAUACGUGUUUGGCGUCUUCCUGACGGGCUUCCAAUUUCAGUUCUAAGGGGCCAUACUGGAGAAGUUACUGCCAUUACUUUUAGUCCAAGACCUGCUUCUGUAUACCAGCUACUGUCGUCGUCGGAUGAUGGAACAUGCAGGUUAUGGGACGCUAGAAAUUCCCAGUUUAGUCCAAGGAUAUUUGUUCCAAAGCCUUCAGAUAGUGCAGCUGGAAGGAAUGGCGCUCCACUGUCAAACUCUCUGACCCAAAAUCAUCAAAUAUUCUGUUGUGCUUUCAAUGCUAACGGAACUGUAUUUGUUACUGGGAGUUCAGAUAAUCUUGCAAGGGUUUGGAAUGCUUGUAAGCCCAACAAAGAUGAGUCUGACCAGCCAAAUUACGAGAUUGACGUGUUGUCUGGCCAUGAGAAUGAUGUCAAUUACGUGCAAUUUAGUGGCUGCGCUGCAGCAUCAAGAUUUUCCGUGGCUGACACUAUAAAAGAAGAGAGUGUUUCCAAAUUUAAAAACUCUUGGUAUAGUCACGACAACAUCGUCACUUGCUCUCGUGAUGGCAGUGCAAUUAUCUGGACCCCAAGAUCACGGAGAUCACAUGGAAGAGUCGGCCGCUGGUGUCGAGCUUAUCAUCUUAAGGUUCCUCCUCCACCAAUGCCGCCUCAACCUUCACGAGGGGGUCCAAGACAGAGAAUUCUUCCAACCCCACGUGGUGUAAAUAUGAUAGUAUGGAGCCUGGACAAUCGAUUCGUUCUUGCUGCUAUUAUGGAUUGCAGAAUAUGCGUUUGGAAUGCAUCUGAUGGUAGCUUAGUACAUUCAUUGACUGGCCACACUGAUUCGACAUAUGUUCUUGAUGUUCAUCCUUUUAAUCCAAGGAUAGCUAUGAGUGCGGGGUACGACGGCAAAACAAUAGUUUGGGAUAUAUGGGAAGGAAAACCUAUACGGAUAUACGAAAUUUCACGCUUCAAGUUGGUCGAUGGCAAAUUUUCUCCGGAUGGGACAUCAAUCACUCUUUCAGAUGAUGUUGGUCAGCUUUAUAUAUUAAGCACUGGCCAGGGCGAGUCACAGAAUGAUGCCAAGUAUGAUCAGUUUUUCCUGGGGGACUAUCGGCCUCUUAUUCAAGAUACUUAUGGCAAUGUACUUGACCAGGAAACUCAGCUUGCUCCUUAUCGACGCAAUAUGCAGGAUCUCCUUUGUGAUUCGGGUAUGACACCUUACGAAGAACCCUACCAGAGCAGAUACCAGAAACGCCGACUCGGAGCUUUAGGCGUUGAGUGGCGUCCUUCUUCUCUAAGACUUGCCAUUGGGCCAGACCUAAGUCUAGGCCCAGAUUAUCAAAUGCUCCCCUUGGCAGAUCUGGAUGUGCUAAUUGAACCCUUGCCAGAAUUUAUGGAUGUUAUGGAGUGGGAGCCUGAAAAUCCUGUGCAAAGUGAUGAUAAUGAUUCGGAGUAUAAUAUCACUGAGGAAUAUUCGUCCCGAGGGGAGCCGGGAAGUUUAGAUUUUGACUCCUCUGAUGAUUCUGAAUGCAGUGCUGAAGACAGUGGUGGUGAUGAUUCAAAUAAGGAUAUCCGCAGAUCAAAAAGGAGAAAACAAAAGGCAGAGGUAGAGAUCAUGACAUCUUCAGGUCGGCGCAUUAAAAGGAGGAAUUUGGAUGAGCAUGAUGGUGAUUUAUUAAGAAGUAACCGAUCAAGAAAACAGAGGAAUGGUAGGAGAAAGAAAAGGUCUUCCAAAUCUAAGGCAUUGAGACCUCAAAGAGCUGCUGCUCGGAAUGCUCUCUCUUUGUUCUCUAGAAUUACUGGAGCAUCUACAGGUGAAGAAGAAGAAGUAUCAGAAUCUGACUUGUCGGAGAGUGAGACUAAUGAGCGAGAUUCAGACAUUCAGAGUGCUGAUUCUGAGGAACCAUUACAAAACGAGCAAAUUAAACUAUCAAAAGGAAAGGAGGUAUAUAAGGAUUUGUCCAAGGAAGUGGCUGCCAACCGUGAACAUCAUGAUACUCCUGUCACUGCUGGGAACAAGCGGAGAUUGAUUCUUAAAUUGCCAGUUCGUGAUUCGAAUAGGCUUGCUCCUUCCCAAAGAAGAGAACAUACAUCUGACAGCCUACCUUAUUUUGUCGGUUCAUCAUCUGGGAUUCCUCGAGACAUUACUGAAGGGAGCAGCAUUCGUUUAAAUGAACAGAAUCCACAGUCCUCUGCUAAUGCCAAUUGCAAAACAGUUGAAAAAGGACGAAAAGAAAGUGAGAGUAAUGUUGAUCAGAUAAAGCUGAGUCUUGCAUGCCAGAAUGGUAAAAUUAAGUGGGGAGGUGCCAAAGCACGCUCAGCGAAACGACCAAGACUUGGAGAAACAGCAUCACUGGUGCCGUGUGGGGAGAGUAGUUCACAUUUGGAAGGUCAUGACAGGAGCGAAAAUAAAGAGAAUGGGAUUUUAGAACUUGAAAGACUUUCAGAAGUUCAGGAUGACAGGGUUAAAAGAAAUGAAGAAACUACAUGCAUGAAUCAGAGAAGCUUUGAUAAUGGAACAAACGAGAAUUUGGGUGGUGUAGUAAAUGGCCAGGAGCACACCAAAGUCAUUAAAUGCAGUGUUGAUGAUGAUUCAUUAGAGGAGGUUUGCGUUCCUUCUGGGGAAAGAUCUCCUGCUCUUGCAGGGGAGGGAGCUGACCAGCUCUAUGAUGUUGAGGAGAGCCAUAAACCACUCUCCAGUGAGUUGAGAAAUGGAUCAGGAGUUACGACUGAUAUUGCUGAUGCUAUGAAGCAAGAGCCGAGAAACAAGACUGAUGACUGUAAAAGUGGCUUGCACGAUGAAACCUGUGAUAAUCAUUUGUGCAUGGAAUAUGACAUUGCGCAAGUGCCUGCCCUUAACCAGAACAAGAGAAUCGGUCUAGCAAAAGCGGAUGGCGGAUUACUAGGAUCAGACGAUAACAAUGAUACAUCUGGUUCAACUCUACCUAACUCAAACUUGCAUUCAAAUGCAAGCAGGAUCUUCAGUGCUGUAUAUAGAAGGUCGAAAACAACUAGGACUAGAACUAAUCUAGAAGGAGAAGCUAGUGGAGUGGGAGAAAGUACUUCAAAUGCAAAUACUGAUGAUAUCGGUGCUCAAAUGGACUUACGCGGAGGAUCUCCUGAUUUGUCGCAUAAGACGCAGUCCAUGGGACUGAAGAUGAGGCUUCGAAAAUGUGAUGCAAAAACUGGGAUAGGAGACAUGGAGUUGGGUCAUGAACAUGAAUCAGAGGAUCCAUCACAGGGUUCUGAGAGUAAUCACAUUAGUAGAUGCAAGCUUCCACAUGAAGAAUGGGGGUCAAGUUCAAAGGCUACAGUUGGAUUGAGGUCUACUAGAAACAGGAGAGCGAGUUGUCACCUUCGUGACACUAGUCCUCCAAUAGAAAGGAGGAAGUUAAGUCAACCCUUGAGGAAAGGUUCAUGGUUGUUGUUGACAUCACAUGAAGAUGGAUCUCGUUACAUUCCACAGCAGGGGGAUGAAAUAGUAUAUUUGAGACAAGGGCAUGAGGAAUUUAUUGAUAGUGGUGGCUCCAAAGAACGAGGCCCCUGGACAGUGAUAAAGGGGAACAUUGGACCAGCGGAAUUUUGUAAAGUUGAAAGCCUUGAAUAUGCCAUUUAUCCAGGGUCUGGGGAAAGCUGCUGCAGAAUGAUACUUCGAUUUGUUGAUCCCGCUUCCAGUGUGUUUCGUAAAUCGUUUAAAUUAACUCUUCCUGAAGCAACUGGCUUCCCAGACUUCCUUGUAGAAAGAACUCGGUUUGAGACUACUACGCAGAGGAAUUGGACAGUCCGGGACAAAUGCAGAGUCUGGUGGAAAAAUGAAGGCGAAGAUGACGGUAGUUGGUGGGAGGGUCGGAUCGUUUCUGUGAACCCUAAGUCUCCUGAAUUUGACGAUAGCCCAUGGGAGAGGUACACUAUCCAGUACAAGAGUGAUCCCAGGGAGAAGCAUCGUCACAGUCCAUGGGAACUCUUUGAUGCUGAUACACAAUGGGAGCAGCCGUGUAUUGAUGAUGAGAUCCUAAAUAAACUUCUCUCAGCCAUUAACAAGCUAGAGAAGUCGGGGAACUAUAACCAGGACCGCUACGGCAUACAGAAGUUGACCCAGGUUUCUCAGAAAUCAAGUUUCAUUAACAGGUUCCCAGUUCCAUUUACUCUUGAGGUGAUUAAAGCAAGGUUAGAAAACAAUUACUAUCGAAGUUCAGAGGCAAUGAAGCAUGAUAUUGGAGUACUGCUAUCAAAUGCUGAAACCCACUUUGGGAAAAGUCCCGAGCUCUCAUCGAAAAUGAGGCGCUUAUCAGAGUGGUUUGCACGGACGCUAUCUGGUCUGUGAUUAGGAGUUUUCUGGUGAAAAAAUGCCCGUGAAGAAGUUGCAAUGAACGCCUUUUUCUGUCCUUUUGCUUUCUGUAGAUAGAGUUUUUGGAGCUAACAAUUUGAAGGGUUCCUUUUCACCCAUUUCGGAUACGAGGAUUUUUCAGGGCUUUGGAGAGGUCUCAAUAGAAAAGAGCUAAUUGUGGAGAAUUUCCACCACAAAUUCAUUCUUGUAUAGGCACACUUGAACAUUAAAAGCAAUAAAAAGCAAAAUUCUCACCA